AUGUCGCUUGCGAGUCGAAAAUAUUCCCGAAGACGACGCAACAUCAUCUGUUCCGCUCAAUUCGUCUUACUGGCCGCUACUAUUUUCAGUCUCGGGAGACGCGAGACCGUUAAAGCUGCGACGGACCCAGCUCAAGUGGCCGCUCUUCACACCAUUGCAUCGUCCCUCGCCUCCUCCAACCCCUUCUUCCACGCCUGGGCCGGAAGCGACCCCUGCGCUGCUGCUGCUCCUCCUGCUACAGCUGCUGAUCCCAGCAGCAAGGGCUGGCCUGGGGUCACCUGUGAGAGUGAUGGCUCGGGCAACCAUGUGGUCACGUCAUUGACACUGCAAGGGCUGGGACUUUCCGGGCAGCUUCCUCCAGCUCUCUUCGAGCUCACCACGCUCAGAAGCCUGGACACAUCUCUCAACCCAGCCCUCACAGGCAGCAUCUACAGCACCAUCAGCGCCCUUUCUGACUUAUCCAUGCUGGACAUGCACGGAUGCAACCUGUCGGGUUCCAUCCCUUCUACUAUCGGCCUCUUGAAAAAGCUCAACUUUUUCGCUGUCAACAGCAACCAGCUAUCCGGCAGCAUUCCCAGACAGGUGGCGAAUCUAACCAGCCUCUAUUUCUUUGACAUCACAGACAACAGAAUCACAGGGCCUGUGCCCGUCCAACCAGGAUUCGACACGUGUACCAACAUCGGCCACCUUCACCUGAGUCGCAACCAGCUAACAUAUGUCCCAGGGCAGCUGGGAUGGCUUCCAAACCUCAUCCACCUCCUGGUGGACAACAAUCGUCUCAACCAGACCUUUCCAGCGGGGCUCAGUGGUUCAACCAGCCUGCAGAUCAUCCAUCUGAGCAACAACACGAUUCAGGGCCGGCUUUCUCCUUCCCUCAACCUCCCAGCGCUGCAAGACCUCCCUCUUACCCCUUGCACUCUUUCCCCUUGCCCUCUUUCCCUUCCCCUCUUGCUCUUACCCUCUCUCCCCUUACCCAUGCCUCCCUCUCAGCGAUUUGAGUCGCAACAACUUUCAAGCAAUCUCGCCCUGAACCAUCUCAACGGCAACCUCCCUCCCGGGCUGCCCUCAGCCAACCUCACACGACUCCACUCCAUCAUGCUAUCAGACAACAACCUCACGGGCCCCGUGCCUCCGCUAGACGCCCUCCCUGCCAUCGCCACCAUCUCACUCUUUGAUAACCAUUUCACCCGCGCGCCUGCUGCUCUGCUCAGCAACGAAAACGUCACUCUGCAUUCCUUCCUUCCACCCCUCCAUCCCCCUCCCUCCAGGCUAUACGGCAACGACCUCUGUGUGCCCUACCUCCCUGCAGUCACCGCAGCCUGCUCGCCCCCUCUUGGCAUCAUGCAGUACCAGCCCGCUCCCAUCUGUGACGACCUCUCCUGUCCCUCCCUCUACGCGCCCAGCCCUCUCCUGCUCGCCCUGACCAACGCUAUACGGCAACGACCUCUGUGUGCCCUACCGCCCUGCAGUCACCGCAGCCUGCUCGCCUCCUCUCGGCUUCAUGCAGUAUCAGCCCCCUCCCAUCUGCCACGACCUCUCCUGCCCCUCCUACUGAGUUCCCUUUGUCCUUCGCCCCUUCCUUCCCCAUCCCUCCUCCAGGCUAUACGGCAACGACCUCUGCUAUACGGCAACGACCUGUGUGUGCCGUACCGCCCUGCAGUCACUGCCGCUUGCUCGCCUCCUCUCGGCUUCAUGCAGUACCAGCCCCCUCCCAUUUGCGACGACCUCUCCUGCCCCCCUCUCUACGCGCCCAGCCCACCCCUGCUUGAGCUGACCAACGCCUGUGUGUGCGUCUCGCCGCUGGAGGUGGAGUUGAAGCUCACUGCGCCGCAGUAUGCGGUGUUUAAUGACGACCUCGCGAGUCUGCUUGUAGAGAGGAUAGCUGGGAGUCUGGGCAAGAAUGGGAUCGGCAUCUCGACGGGGCAGGUGGGUUGGAACUUGGAGGCAGCAGAUGGGAGUGUCGGCAGAUCGCCCUCGUUUUCCUUUCUUCGCCUUGUCUCCUCUUUUUGUUCGCUUCGUCCCACCCCAUCACAACAGAUCGCCAUAGUAUCAGUCACCGGGUCCAUCCUCUCCCCUUCCACCAUCAUCCGUUCCCUUCUUCCUCUUUCCCCUCGCCCCCUCUCCCUUUCCCCCCCUCCCCCUUUCUCCCCCUCUCCCCCCAUCCCACCCCAUCUCAACAGAUCGCCAUAG